UCGUUCCCGCUGCGAGUGGAGGGAAGAAAUCGGCCCGGUGCCCAGCGCUUGGUCUGCCAGUCAUGGGCAACACGCCGGCUGCCAGGCGGGGAAACGAGAUGGAAGACGUCAGAGAGUUUUUGGCCCUCGCCAGGGAGGACUUCCUCAGGAAAUGGGAAAAUCCCGCUCAGAACACGGCGUCUCUGGACCAGUUCGACUUGCUGAAGACUCUGGGGACGGGCUCGUUCGGCCGGGUGAUGCUGGUCAGGCACCGGGAGAACGGCCAGCACUACGCCAUGAAGAUCCUCAGCAAGCAGAAGGUGGUGAAGCUGAAGCAGAUCGAACACACGCUGAACGAGAAGCGGAUCCUACAGGCGGUCAGCUUCCCGUUCCUGGUGCAGCUGGAGUUCUCCUUCAAGGAUAACACUAACCUGUACAUGGUGAUGGAGUACGUUCAGGGAGGAGAGAUGUUCUCACACCUGCGCAAGAUCGGCAGGUUCAGUGAACCCCACGCCCGCUUCUACGCCUCUCAGAUCAUCCUGACCUUCGAGUACCUCCACGCCCUGGACCUGAUCUACAGAGACCUGAAACCAGAGAACCUCCUCAUCGACCAGCAGGGCUACAUACAGGUGACAGACUUCGGCUUUGCGAAGCGGGUCAAAGGUCGCACGUGGACGCUGUGUGGUACCCCCGAGUAUCUGGCUCCAGAGAUCAUCCUGAGCAAGGGUUACAAUAAGGCGGUGGACUGGUGGGCUCUGGGGGUGCUGAUGUACGAGAUGGCGGCCGGUUACCCCCCUUUCUUCGCCGAUCAGCCCAUCCACAUCUACGAGAAGAUCGUCUCAGGAAAGGUUCGCUUCCCCUCGCACUUCAGUUCGGACCUGAAGGAUCUGCUGCGCAACCUGCUGCAGGUCGACCUCACCAAGCGCUACGGCAACCUGAAGAACGGCGUCAACGACAUCAAGGGACACAAGUGGUUCUCCACCACAGACUGGAUCGCCAUCUACCAGAAGCGGGUGGAGGCUCCGUUCAUCCCUAAAUGCCGGGGUCCUGGAGACACCAGCAACUUCGACGACUACGAGGAGGAAGAGAUCAGAGUGUCCAUCACGGAAAAGUGCGCUAAGGAGUUCAUCGACUUCUAGAUGGGGGAUUUUGGGGGGUUGUUUUUUAUUCCCGCACCCCCAUCCCCCCACCCAAACCACAGAUCGUUCCCCCGGACUUUCAUCCACCUUACGUUUCUGUUCGUCUCGGCUUCCGUUGGCGCCAUUGGCUCGGUCAGGAGUCGACUGGCGCUUGACGACUUUCACUAGUCCGCUCGCUCGUUCUUUUUUGAUCGAUGAGGGAGUGCAAGUGAUUCCAUACGCCGUAUGGCCGGAAGUAUGCGGACACCCUCUCAACGAUAGACUAGAUUCCGUCGAACUCCCUUAGGUUUAAAGUGAGCUCUAUAAACACGUGUCCGAUGAAGGAUUUAUAUCAACACGACUUGACUCUCUAGAGAUAAGGGUCAUGGUCAGGUGUCCGUAUUCUUUUGGCCCGUUAUUUAUUUAAUUAUUUAUUCGUAUUUUUUGCCGUGGGUUUGAAAUCGUUUGUCUAAUUUGAUCUCUUUGAUUUUCCAAACGUUCCAAGACCUCGUUCCUGAUUCCUCGUUACCGGCUUCUUUCUGCCCGUAGGCAAACCACGGGUGCUUCCCUGCCGAAGCACCCGUGGUUCCCUCUUCGGUUUUGUUUAGAACCCAGGCUGCCCCGUCUUUUUGCUUCCCCAUUUAAGUUGUUUCUUCCUUAACAGACGGGUAAAAUGAACCUGGCGUAGGGUUGGAUUUUGUAAUACUUGGUCAAUGGUAAUAAUCCUUCAGGUUCCACAGCAUCCGCCGAUAAAGGCACGUCCGAGCAUUUCGGUGACUCGAGAAUCAUUCCAAUAAAGUUUUACUUGUGUAAAUA